UUCGUUGACAAUGGCAGCCGCUCAGUGAAAACAAGAAAACGAAGCGCUUUAAAUCGUUUGCAUCACACGGUUUGUGUGUUUUGAAUUUUUUUCUUCAGAUAUUCAAUUGCUUUCAAUCGAAGAACGUGUAAUUUUUUUGUGUGAAACCGUUCAAAUAACCGAGCCACAAAAUGGCGAUUGGUAAGAAUAAUAAGAUGGCUCAGCAUCUAAACUACCGAGUGCGCAUCGUAUUGCAGGACUCGCGUACGUUUAUCGGUACCUUUAAAGCAUUCGACAAACACAUGAACCUCAUCUUGGGCGAUUGCGAAGAAUUCAGAAAAAUUCGACCAAAGAACAGCAAAUUGCCGGAACGUGAAGAGAAACGUGUCCUUGGUUUCGUGUUGUUGCGUGGCGAAAACAUUGUUUCGUUGACAGUCGAAGGACCACCGCCACCGGAGGAGGGUUUACCAAGAGUGCCCAUCCCAGGCGCAGCUACAGGACCUGGAAUCGGUCGUGCCGUUGGUCGAGGCAUCCCAGCCAACUUAUCAAGUGUAGCCGCUGGUUUGCAAGGUCCAGUUCGAGGCGUUGGCGGUCCAUCAGCUCAACAUAUGGCACCUGUUGGUCGUGCUGCUGUCGCUCCACCACAAAUGCGACCACCUCAAAUGAUGGGCGGUCCACCAGC